AUGACAAAAGAUCGAUUGCCCGCUUUGCGGGCUGCACAAAAUGCUGAAGACAGCGAUAACGAUACCGCUUAUGUUGCCCUUAAUAUGGAAGAUAACAGUCGAUUUAUGUCGGAUUUUUUCGCUCAUGUGGACUCUUUACGUACCAAUAUCGAUAAAAUUAGUGAACUUGUUGAUGAAGUCAAGCGUCUACAUUCAACUAUCUUAGCUGCACCACAAGCAGAUGAUCGAACGAAAGAAGAACUGGAAGAGAAAAUGGGUGAUAUAAAAAAAUUAGCAAAUGAUGUUCGACAAAGAUUAAAAGUACUGGAAGAUGAACAAGAACGAGCAACAAACAGAAGUCCAGCACAGUCAAGAAUUGAAAGCUUACAGCAUGCAACUUUAUCUCGAAAAUUCAUUGACGUAAUGAAUUCAUAUCGAAAUGCAGAAAUUGAAUAUCGAGAACGGUGUAAAGCUCGUAUUCAACGUCAACUUGAAAUCACUGGACGAUCCGUAACCGAAGGUGAAGUUGAAGAAAUGCUCGAAUCAGGAAAUCCAGCUGUAUUCACUCAAGGAAUUAUGGUAGAAACAGCUCAAGCCAAACAAUCAUUAGCUGAUAUCGAAGCACGACACGGUGAUAUUAUCAAAUUAGAAAAGAGUAUCAAAGAAUUACAUGACAUGUUCAUUGAUAUGGCUGCACUUGUUCAAACACAAGGUGAAAUGAUCGAUCGAAUAGAGUUUAAUGUCGUUCAAUCCGAAAACUAUGUCAAAGCUGCCAGCACCGAUACGAAGAAAGCUGUGAAAUUUCAAAGCGCAGCUCGACGGGUAUGUCUAAAUGAAAUUGCUUCUCAUCAAAAAAAUUAUCCUUAUUGUCAUCCUGGUGAUCGUUGUGAUUAUUAUUGUGCUUGUGCUUGUAAUUUAUUUUGCUACGAAAAAAUCCGGCGCCAGUCCAUGAUUAUCCAUUUGAGUGCAAAAAAAUUCCUUAUCAUUGGAAUUUGUGUCGUUCUGAUUGUUCUUGUGGUUAUGAUCGUAGGAAUCGUCCUAGGAACAAAAAAGAACUAA